GCAUCAGUUCCUCACAGCAAUGUCAGCUAUAGAGUGUGGAUACUUUGGACUAGUCAUUUUCGCUCUAGCAGAUGCACAUCCCACUCAUUUCCUUAGUCAUGGAUGUUUCAAGCGUAAAACUGUCCCAAAUCUCUGGCCGUUGCCUACGUAUUGGGACCUUUCCUUCUGAUUACAGGCAAGACUUGGCUGAAAUCGACUGCGAGGUCUAUGGAAAUCCUGAAAAUCGCUCGAAGACUUGCAUAGCUCACCUUGCAUAUCAUUCUGCUAACAUUUUUUUUGUACACAUGAGAUAUAAUCUGUGAUUAAGGUUCAUUCAUACAGGGCUUCUGAAGCAAGAUUGGGAGCGUCUGCAACAGGAAUGCUCUGCAUAAACUGUGGACUCUGAUAAUCAUCACUGCACUUGGAGCCAGAGUCUUGUUCCGGGCACCUGUAGAACUUCACAAAUCUUCUGCAGAACCACGUCUUAAGGUUGACUGAGCAGAUGAAGCGUUUCUUCUGGAUCAUACAAUUUCAUUGCUCCUCCCGGAUCCACGUUUGAAAUCGCAAGAAUUUGA